CAGCACAACAACCACAUGGCCAAGGUUUUAACCCUGGACAUGUACAGGAAGCUGAGAGAGCAGGCUACACCCAGUGGCUUCACCAUCGACAACGUUAUUCAGACAGGGGUUGAUAAUCCCGGCCACCCCUUCAUCAUGACCGUGGGCUGCGUUGCCGGUGAUGAGGAGACUUAUGAAGUCUUCAAGGACCUGUUGGACCCCAUCAUUGAGGAUAGACAUGGAGGAUACAAACCCACAGACAAGCACAAGACUGACCUCAACCCUGACAACCUGAAGGGUGGUGAUGACCUCGACCCCAACUAUGUCCUGAGCUCCCGUGUACGAACAGGACGCAGCGUCCGUGGCCUCUCCCUGCCACCACACUGCACCCGAGGCGAGAGGCGCGCCGUGGAGGCACUCUCCAUCGAAGCUCUGGCCUCCCUGAGUGGAGACCUGAAUGGCAAAUACUACGCCCUGAAGAACAUGACGGAGGCUGAACAGCAGCAGCUUAUUGAUGAUCACUUUUUGUUUGAUAAGCCUGUGUCUCCUCUGCUGCUGGCCGCAGGGAUGGCUCGUGACUGGCCCGAUGCCAGGGGUAUCUGGCACAAUGACAACAAGACCUUUUUGGUAUGGGUGAAUGAGGAGGACCACCUGCGUGUGAUCUCCAUGCAGACAGGAGGCAACAUGAAAGAGGUGUUCACUCGCUUUUGUACCGGACUCACCCAGAUCGAGAGCCUGUUCAAGGAAAAAGGCCAGGCUUUCAUGUGGAAUGAACACCUGGGCUACGUCCUCACAUGCCCAUCUAACCUGGGCACUGGUCUGCGUGCAGGUGUGCAUGUGAAGCUGCCAAACAUGAGCAAAAAUGACAAAUUUGAUGAGGUCCUAAAGAGGAUGAGGCUCCAGAAACGUGGAACAGGUGGCGUGGACACCGAUGCUGUGGGAGGAGUGUUUGACAUAUCUAAUGCUGACAGACUGGGCUUCUCUGAGGUGGAGCUGGUGCAGAUGGUGGUCGACGGAAUCAAGCUGCUGGUCGAAAUGGAGAAGAAGCUGGAGGAGGGCCAGCCUAUUGACGACCUGAUGCCCACCCAGAAGUAAAUGCCA